CCUAAACGAGGAACUUUUCUAAGAAAAGGUCUCCGCAGCAAAGUGCACAAAGCAGUUGAAUAUGUCUUCUUCAAGAGCUGUUACACCCCUUAUCAUCUUGUUAGUACUGUUUUUGCAAGCUAAAGCAGCAGAUUCAGCUGAGCCAUGCGACCCAGAUAUUUGCACACUGCCCGAGUGCUUCUGCAGCGGAACCAAAAUCCCUGGCAAUUUAUCACCGUUCUCGACACCUCAGAUUGUAAUGAUCUCAUUUGAUGCCGCUUUGGUUGACAAUGCCUUUCCUCUGUACGAAGAGCUAUUCAACGGCAAGUUGAAAAACCCCAAUGGUUGCAACAUCUCUGCUACAUUUUUCGUGUCACACGAGUACACGAACUAUUGCAUGCUGCAAACGUUGUACCACCAACGCCACGAAAUCGCUGACAACUCCAUCUCCCGUCGUCUUCCACAAACCUGGUGGGCAACUGCAACUGAGGAAGAACAGGAGCAGGAGAUAGGAGGCAUGAGAGAGAUUUUACGCAAAUGGGGCAACGUCCAAGUGGAAGAUAUCAUGGGUUACAGGGCUCCCUACAUCCAGGUUGGUGGAAACACGGAGUUCAGGGCGCUUCGGAACCUGGGUUUCCUGUACGAGUCUUCGAUGCCUACUCAGGUCUUUAGGGACCCACCUUUAUGGCCUUAUACGCUGGACUACCAAUCAAUCCAAGAUUGUGUUAUCGAGCCUUGUCCGACCGGUAAGUAAAAUAAUUCGUUUAAUCCUUACACCCUAACAUCAGUAUGCAUAUUCUCCAUACUGUUCACUAUACCUUUUCUAGGGUGCUGACAAGGAGAAUUUGUUUAACAAUCAGAGCUUCUUUCGUUGGUGAUGAUUUCAUUAUUCUCAUGACUUCACUCUCUAAAAAAGCUUCCUAAGAAACUGUGGUGCUGCGUCGUUGGAGGUAUAUUACGAGACAAUUAGGUUUCAUGACCCUCCCAUCAUGAGGCCGGCUGAUGCCUCUAACGUCAGCUUAGAAACUCUCCACGACUUAUAACCUAGAUAAAACUAAUUGUCGUAGCUUUUUCCUAUUCUAGGAAAAGGAUCAUUUGGUUGCAGUGUUUCAGCAUUGAGACUCAGAAUAAACACACCUUUCUAUACUUUGCCAUGAACAGCGACGAGCCAAGAGCUUGGCAAACCAUUUCUGAAUAGGCACAUUUUAUUUCCUUAUUUUUCCAAAUACAUAACUAAUUUACCACGAAAUACAUAUCAGCUAAAGGAAGGGAUUACAUGAAUCACAUUUUAAGGGUUAAGAUCAGUCGAUGAACAUCCAUUCUACGCUAAAAUGUCGGUAGCAAUCGACUUCGAAGUAUUGAAAAAAGACUUUAUCUGGUCAUGUAGAGGCAUAGACUCUUCUCUAUUGCAAGCAUUUUUUGAAAGCAGCCUUUCUUGAAAGGAUCCACCUACACUUGUCACCACUCUUAGUGCAAUAAGAAUGCUUCCUUCGGCAAUCGGUCAGGCGACUGCCAGCAGCGGGCUUGUCGCAUCCACCAAUCAUAUCGUCGCAUAAGCUCGGAGGACUCUUAAAACAGAACUUUUCAAUUUUACAUCGGCAGUUCGGCCCAUAAACCCUCUUGAGCCCGCGGCGUUGUUGCACAGAGAUGUUUUGCCACAAAGCAUGCCAUUUACAGUUGUUGGUUGUUAACAACUGCCUGCCUGUACGUGUCUCUACGUCACCGAAAAGUAGGUAGACCUUCGAAAUGUCGAGUAGUACGCCACAGGCAGCGGUUUCGUUCUGUGUUGCGACGUCAAUCACCCUUUUCGUGUUCUUCCCCUUGCCUUGAGUCCUCGCCAUGCGGUCGAUUGUUGAAUUACCUUUAAAGGUUCGUAGAACUCGGAGCGAGUAAAUUUUAUUGCCGUUUUCUCGUGACUCCCUCAAAACUCUGGCACGAAUUGCUAGGGGUCGGAGAAAAACAGCACUGUCAGUCUAUAAAAUUGAGUGUCGAAAGCCAUUCGGUAUUUACUUACUUCUGUUAACCCUUUCAAUACAGAGAUCUUAUCGGUAAUUCUCCUUACCUUCCGCCACACAAUUCUUAUGAUAUUAGUUUGGAGAAUUUGGUAUCAGAUCAACUAAUAAUCCCCUAAUUGAUAUUUUUUUUCCGAACUAACUUCGUAUGGCAAGCAGUAUUAGGAGUCACAAAAGAGAUCUUGUUUGCACAAGGGUAAUUUGAAACGAAUAGUGUGAUCGUUAACAAUGACAGGUGUUCAGAUGACCUGUCUGUUGGAAACAAAAGCUUUGCGGGGAAUGAAGUCGAUCGUGUGGUAACAUUUUCCACUCGAGUGUAAUCCUGGAAAGUGCUGUUGUUCACGACAGUGACAGACAUUGCGGAAACCUGAACGGAAGUCAUGAUGAUGUCAAAGCUAAUUAUCACAAGAGACAGAAAGCAAAUAGUUAACAAAUUAACCCAGUUCCUUUUCACUUGAAUAAACGCAUCAUAGUCCGACUUGUGGUUUAACUAUAUGGCUUUCAGUACGGGCGUUUUUUAAGUUUUUCCGAUUUGAUCAGAACUAAAUUGAUUCGCGCGGGAAGGCCAGGAAAAUGUGAUGGAAAAAGAGAAAUGAAUAAAACGUUUGAAAGAGAAAGAAACAUAUGGAAAAAAUUAGUGGAAAGUGGAGAGUGGAAAGUUCCUUUGGCAUUCAGUGCAUCCUCGUCAUAAAGGAAAUCGGUACAUAGGCAAACAAGUGCAUACCAGAAACGCUUUGAACUGUUUUACCGUGUGGCAUCGUUUUCAGCUGCAAUUUCACAUGUUAUAUUUGUAUUGGCUAAGUAUUACUCCUGAAUAGGCAACCUUGAAAACAAACGCUCUGAGAAAUCAUUCGAGAUUGGCACAACUGUGUGAUAGUAGAUCUUUCACCUUUUGCCCAAACUGGUCACUUUGGUUGAACGUAAAACUUCAAGGUAAAUAAUAUUCCUUAUCCUAUUCCAACGUCUGCAUUGUACAAACAUUGAUUUCCGCACAAAGCACGAAAUGUGUCUUGAACGAUAACUUAAGUCAAGAUAGAGGUCAUUUUGAAGUUUAUUUUUCUGUCAAAACUAAUCUUUAUGGCCUUUAAUCUAUGGCGGAUUUUGUAUUGUGGCAUGCGGUUUCCGAAUGCCAUCACGACUCAUGAUUGGCCCUGAUCCAGUACAAACUCCAUUGUUUGGCGUCUUCAGUACUGUAAAACUUGCUUACUUGUCAUAUACUACCCAAGAAACUCAAACUACAGUGAAAAAUGCUGGUUCCUUAUCAAAGACAUUACUUAGCAAAUAAAUUUAUUUUCUAAUUAACUGAAAACUGUACGUAAGUCUGUUCUAUUUGAUACGAAAUAAUGUAACGAACAGAAGUUUAUACAAAGGCAGAACUACGAAAGCAGAUUGAUAAUCUUUUUAGUUAGAAUAAAGAAGUUUCACAUUGGUACCGAUUUUGAAACAAGAUUACAGAGAAUUUCAGGGGGCAAAAGCCAAACUAAUCGGACUUUUUAAAAAUUUACUUUUGCUUUCAUUUCAGACUUAUGUUUCAAAGCGGAAUUUAAACAGAAAACAUAAUUGCAAAGGCGUUCCUUCCCAAGUUCAGAGUAUAAAAAUCGAAGCUUCACUUGAAAAAUUUGCGUAGGUUUAUCUAAUGAUCGCCUUUUAAACUUGAAUUUGGUCUGAGCAGUUUAAGUUCCUCUACGAUGUUAGAUUGCGAAGACGCAUCUAGACUACAGGAAAUGGUAUAAAGGCGCAUCAUAGAACAGAGACACUUUUUUCAAUCAAUCUUUCAAGGUGGCUCAAUAGUUUGGCAUCCCAUGUCAAGGAAAGUGUAAAUCGAUUAAAUAUGUCCGGAGCGUCCUGCUAUGCGGUGUCAACAAAUUGCAAGUCGCGAAGAAAACGCAUCACGGUUGUAAAGUUCCCAUGAAAAGCACUAAGAACUAGAUGAUUACAGUAAACAGGUCUAUAAGUCUUACCAAAGUCUGCAUUACAAAAUUGAGUCUGUGGAUGUGGUACUGCACAUUUACAAGCCUCACUGAUGGCUAUGGCGCACAACAGAAGUGUAAUGUACGAAAACAUAUUGGCCAUUGUAUGCAUCGUUCCUUGUACACGAGGCCAGAGUGCUUUUGUCUGUCGAUCACAUGUUACAUCAAGAGAUGUCGGCCCCAGACCACAAUUUUUGUGGGGUCUGACAUCAUUCUGGGUUGUCACCUUUGUCAUGUGACAGGGUGUUUUCCUAGUGAAUUUCAAAUGUCAAUAUCCGAUACGAAAGACUGUAUGUUAAGAACCUGAGGACUGAAGGCGCGCUUGAGUAGGAGUGCGUCAUCAAGCCUCUCAUUGGCGUGACUUCACGCAGGCCUCUCGCAAAGCGCGCGAGAGGCCUGCGCUCUAUCGCUCGGUAAAUCUCAUUUAUCGCGCAAUAAAAUCAAAAUAUCGCGCGAUAAAUGGGAAAGUUGUUAGGUCGCACGUGAUCAGCUGUCAAGCACGUUGUUUUCCGAGGACGAGACGACAAUGGCUGCAACAGUUGGAAAGUACUUUCUUGAUAGGGUUGGCGUUGCAGAAGUGACAUCUAGAAAUUUACGAACCUGCGAUGUAAUCAGAAAGAUUAGAUAAUCAACACUUGUUCUCAAACACUGACAGCCAUCUCUGAAAGUGUCUCGUAAGAUUUCGCAAUAAUCUUUUGACGAAAAUAAAACGAACUAUUGACCUCAAAACAUACCUCCUCAACUGUUGCAGCCCUUGUCACAAUGGCUGCAACAUUGUCAUUUAUGGCGCGAUAAUUUUUCAUUUAUGGCGCCAUAAUUAUUCAUUUAUCGCGCCAUAAUUUCCAUUUAUCGUGCGAUUAAAAAAAUGUGGCAUGUCCUCUACGGGCCACCGUACCGGAAGGAGUCUGACCCACACAAACAAAGAAGACUUUUUGGUGCCAGUCCCCUCGUUGACCUCCCGGUCGGUGAAGGGUACCAGAAAAGCGCGUAGAGUUACUCGUGCUUAGCACCUAUGAGAACGUGCUUAGAGGCUAAAGUUUUGACCCUUCUACCCUCAAUAGUGACUGGAUUUUUACUUUCUCCUUACAGGAUCACCCUUUGAUCAAAUGCAAAAAGUCGUGAGGAUAUAGGAAAUAGUCCUCAUGGUUCGAAAAAUUCUCCUUGUCAGUUUCAUAGGAAAUCUAAAGGAGUAGAGAAUACGAAUGUUAAUGUUAGGGUGUAAACGGUUGAUGAAAUAUUGCCAACCACGCGCCGGCCGAUCUAGUUUCUUUGCUUUACUUUGCUUUGCUUUUACGUCGCUAAUAGAGACGCGCUUCUAAAAACAUUGAAUUUAAAUCAGUGAAAAAUUGUAGAUAAUACUCGGGAAAUUGUCAUGCUGCACGAUCAUUUUAACUCUCUUUUUUUUUCAAACCUAAUCUGUAGAUUCUUUCCCGGGACUGUGGGAAGUUCCAUUAGUAGACUACAUCGACCUGAACGGCAAGCUUUGCAAUUUCGUCGAAUCUUGCACUCCCCCUAAAACUGCUAUGGGGACUUACGAACUCUUCAAUACCAACUUUCAGCGCCAUUACACAACCAACAGAGCUCCCUUUUACAUGCUAUUAGAGGAACAGUGGCUCGCUAACGGCACUUAUUACAAAGGUAGGUUCCAAGUUAAAGCAGGACAUCUUUUUCAGAAAGCUAAGAAGGAACUUUCGACUUCCAGCUUCCGACGUCCGACUUCCUACUUCCGACAUCCACUCCCGAUUUCCGACGACGAAUUUUCGACUCGGAAGUCAAGAAUCUCAAGUUAGAGUUCGUCAUUCUUAAGUUUUUUCAGGAAUAAUCAGAAAGUUGCUUUCAUGUGGAUAGGAGUUAAGAAUAAAUAGGGCUAAUUAUAAACUAUUUCAAAUAGUUAUCAGUGAUAAGGAUUGUGCAAAGGUAGUUUACUAAGGCUGCCCCUCAAUUGAUUUCCUUCUGUUCACCUUUACGGCUAUAAUAAGGUAUUUUUAGAACUUUUCUAACGCAAUCGUGUUGAGUUGGGAAGAGUUGAUGAAUACUGAAUCGCAGAUCAUAUUCUUCCCUCGCUGUUGUUAGACUUGGAUUCUACUGUGCGCCGUGACGUCACUGAGAGAGGCUCGCCUUUAAUACGCGUACGUUCUCCAUCAUAUCCCAUCCCCUGACUUCGGCAGACGUACGUUGAGAACCUCUAAGAAUUAAUUGGGGUGGCCUUAGCGACACACAUGAUAAUGAGUUAUGAUAUUUGUCCAAAAAUUGCUUUCUGUUCAAUUUUUAAAAAAUUGUUUUGUUUAUUCUCUUUCUCUUGACAGGAACCGUAGACUUUCUAAAAACAUUGACGUCCAUGAGCGACGUAUGGAUAGUCACGGUUUCCCAAGCCAUUGAGUGGAUCAAGUUUCCAACACCACUAGAAAAUAUUGAGGACUUUGUUCCCUGGAAAUGUGAUUCCCAACCCCCACCCGACUGUCCUCCUGGUACUUGCAAAACGUGUUACUAUCCCCCGGAUCACGUGAUGAAGACGUGCGCCCCGCUGUGUCCGCCAAAUUACCCAUGGGUAGGAAACCCAGAUGGAAACUGAUCCAGAUGAAAUUGGACCUGAAUGGAAACUGACCCGGAUGAAACCUUACCCAUAUAGUUACUGACAAAGGGCGAAUGCUCAUAACGUUAGCUUUAGAAACUCUUUUACCACGUCCCGAUUAUGCUCUUAAAAUGCUGGAAAGUUGCUCAUCGGAAUAUCAAAAGUUGCUAAAAUUUGGAACCUUCUUCUUGUUUCAAUCAAAUCUAAUUUGUCAAAUCUUAGCUUUGAGACGAAAAUGCACGAGUUUUCUCUUCCUGUUUCAAAUAAAAUCAAUCAAAUUUUCCUAGCUUUGAGGCAAAAAUGCACGAAUUUUUACUUAAAUGAUCACUAAUUUGGCCGAGCUGCACAUUUGCAGCGCUUAUUCUUUUUUGAAUACAUUGUUGAAAGUGAGUUGAAUCGGCUUCCUGGGUAACCUUGCCUUCUAUAAAUUUUAAAGCUGUAGAGAAAUGUUGUUUUGUAUUUUAGAAAUGCAAAUAAAUGAUGAUAAUGAUGAUGAAGAAGUUCUUCUCAAUAAUAAACUUAGCUUUAAGGAGUUGCUGUAAAAAACAAAGGCGGCUUCUAACCAUUCAUUUCCGUUCAUUAAAAUUGAAAAUGAAAAACGAC